AUGGAUAUUCAUGAUUACUUACUAAUUAAUCAAAAUCCUUCGAAUAUUCGAAAUGGGUACAAGGAAAUUUCAUCUGGAGAAAAUAGUGAAAGAAAUGAACCAUCAUCCUCUGCAGCGUCUAAAAAUAUUUUAAAAACCAUGGAAGAUGACACCGAAAAUGAUAAUUGUGAUGCUUCGAAGGUGAAUUUAUCCUUGGUAAAACAUCAGCCACGAAACCGAAUUCGUAAAUGUGAUCCACUUCGUAUACAUAAUUUUAAUGAUUGUUUACCACCGCUUGAAAGUGAGCAGCAGUUCCGCAUGGCAGUUACAAAAUGUGCAAGAGGAGGUGAUUCUAUGGAACCUGGCACGGGAGUGACACGAAAAGUACCAAAACUAUCUCCUUUAAUCCUCAAAACCAAACCUAUCAUCAUAUCCUCAUCUCCAACAAUGAAGGCUGCUUAUUCGUCUGCGAGAGAAAAACGUCGAAAAACUGCUGCUGAAAUUGACGCUUUCUUUACUCGUCUUAGUACUCCAAAACAUAUUAAGGGGAAAGUUCCAAAAGAGAAGAAAAUUGGAUCCCGUGCUCAGCAAGUGAGUACAACACAACAACACAAUGGUGAAGCAACAAAAGGACUACGUGUGAACGUUGUUCGUACGCGAAGUAAUUCUACUAUACGUUCUGGGACUCAUUCUUCAAGUAUUGGAAAGUAA